UUCUGCCGCUUCUUAACCCCCGCAACCCCCUCCACCAUACCCAAGCUACUAACUCGCAGGUACAUUCGGGUCCUCAACUUGCCUACUUGUACAGGCCACUUUUAGGACUGCUCAAUCAGCUUCGCUGCGAACCACCGGGCUCGACCUAGCUAAAGUAGGUUUACCACCUAUCGUCUCAAAGGCUCGCAACUUGCAUUGCACCGUCAUGGAGAACUACCAAAAGUUAGAAAAGGUUGGAGAAGGCACAUACGGAGUUGUUUACAAGGCGCGCGACCUCACCACCAAGGACCACCGUAUCGUCGCCCUCAAGAAAAUCCGCCUCGAGGCCGAAGAUGAGGGCGUCCCCUCCACCGCCAUCCGCGAGAUCUCCCUACUCAAAGAAAUGAACGAUCCUAACAUCGUCCGCCUCCUGAACAUCGUACACGCCGACGGCCACAAGCUCUACCUGGUCAUGGAGUUCCUCGACCUCGAUCUGAAGAAGUACAUGGAGGCACUGCCAGUUAGCCAAGGUGGUCGUGGCAAGGCUCUACCAGAGGGCACUGGACUUGCGGGGCAGAGCCUGAUCAUGGACGACAAGAUGGUCAAGAAGUUUAUGAUGCAGCUGUGCCAAGGCGUCCGGUACUGCCAUUCUCACCGUGUUCUGCACCGUGAUCUGAAGCCACAGAACCUUUUGAUUGACAAGGACUGCAAUCUCAAGCUGGCGGAUUUUGGUCUAGCUCGCGCUUUCGGUGUGCCGCUGCGGACAUACACCCAUGAGGUUGUCACGCUAUGGUAUCGAUCCCCAGAGAUUCUCCUUGGUGGCCGCCAAUACUCGACUGGCGUCGACAUGUGGUCGGUUGGUGCCAUUUUCGCAGAGAUGUGCACGCGCAAGCCUCUUUUCCCUGGCGACUCAGAAAUCGACGAGAUCUUCAAGAUCUUCCGUAUCCUCGGCACACCCAACGAACAAGAUUGGCCUGGCGUCACAUCAUUCCCCGACUUUAAGCCUUCGUUUCCCAAAUGGGCCCGAACAGACAUUGCAAACAUUGUUACCACCCUCGACGAGAUAGGUCUCGACCUACUGGAUGCUCUGCUUGUGUACGAUCCUGCUGGCCGCAUUUCAGCGAAACAAACGGUCAUUCACCCUUACUUUGGCGGUAUGAACGGGGACACGCCCACCCUUCUCUCGAGGUUGAUUAUGACUUCAUUGCUACCCAAAUUAUUACCGCCGACGACUGGCCCACGUCUCAUUGUAUACCAUCAAACCUUCCACGACGCAGACGGGAAUUACCACUCGCUUCUUCCUCUGCUCACCAACAACACUGGGGUUACGCAUGUGAUAGUCGCAGCAAUCCAUUUGAACGACGAGCCUGGCAACAUCACCUUGAACGACCACCGUCCUGACGACAAGAGAUUCGACCAGCUAUGGGGGGAAGUGGCUUGGUUGCAGGGGAGUGGGGUCAAGGUGUUGGGCAUGCUUGGGGGAGCUGCAAAGGGCACCUUUGAGAAGUUGAGCGGAGAUGACGAGACUUUUGAGGCAUUCUACACCCCGCUGCACGCAGUUAUAUCCGUCUACCACCUCUCCGGGCUGGACCUCGACAUCGAAGAACAAAUUCCCCUCUCCACCGCCACACGCCUCAUCGCCCGCCUACGCGCCGACUUUGGCCCAAACUUCCUCAUCACGCUUGCGCCCGUCGCAACAGCACUCAUACCUGACCCGAAUGUCCCACCGCAUCUACGGCCUCCGCGCCCCAUGCUUGCUUCUGGGCCGAGCCCAAACCCUCUACACCCCACACUACCUCAUCUCAGUGGCUUUAGCUAUCCCGAGCUGGAGUGCAGUAUCCAUGGGAGAGAAAUAGCAUGGUAUAACACGCAAUUCUACUGCGGCUGGGGUGAUGCGGGAACAACCCAAUGGUACGACGCCAUUGUAGCCGCUGGCUGGAAGCCCGAGAAAGUCGUCAUGGGUGUAGUCACGAAUCCGGGCAACGGCGCGGGACACAUACCAAUCAGCAAGUUAAGAAGUGUAUGUGCGCAGCUACGGGAGAAGUACAAGAACGUUGGCAACGGAUUCGGUGGCGUAAUGGGCUGGGAGUACUUCAACUGUGGCGACUUUGACGACGAUCUGGUGCACGUCUCUUCCCUCGAGCUCAACAACGAAACGGUUCAGUCAGGUUGGGUGGCAGCGCUAGGCAGCAUCUUGCGGGUGGAGGAGCCACCGCGGCCGCAGACGUCGCGCCCGCCGCUAAACGUGACGGCCGAGCAGAUCCGCCAGAUGGUCAGCAGUCUACCGCAAGCGCGAGCGCCCUGGCCGAAUGACGAGGUGCAGAAGUUGGUGGUACUCGGCUUCGCGCAUAACGAAGCCAUUGCUGCGCUCAAUGCUACGGACGGCAAUGUGGAACUCGCCGCGGGAUUCCUGUUUGAGCAAUACCCGCAGUAACCUAAGUACCUCGAUGGAGUGAUAUCAAUGCUGAGUCAAGUAUAUCCGCUCUUGGCAUGUCUCACAAGUCACGUCACGAACUUGUCAUUGCUAUCCCACGCAUAUCUCCUUUUGCAGGAUAGCGGAUGCUUAUCGGAACAACACUGCGAUGUCGUUGUUGAUUACGGUAGAGCUAAGGAGGGCGGAAAGCCAUGGCGUUUCUUGGAUCAGCUUAGUUGGAUGACCUAGACUGUGAACUGAUCUAGACCUUGUGAAGUUGAUACAAGACCGCAGGUGACGAUCGCGGAUGCACUCCUGUAUUUGACUACAUGUACAUAGUCGUAGCGGCUGAAGGGAGG